AAUCAUUCAUUUACUUAUGGCAAACUAAGUUAUUCCAUUAUAUAAUUAAGAGAGUGAAAAUUCAAAAACAGAUAGUGGUUACUUAUAAAUAUCUAAGGUUAUAAACUAAUCGCAGCUGCCAUCUGUUUCUGCUCCUCUCACAUAUUCGCCAUCCUAAAUAAAAAAAAAAUUCACUGUUUAAUCUGAUUCUGAAGCGCAGGAAGGUCUCAAAUCAUUUGUUCAUUUAGCAAUUAUUCUGGUAGCAAUUUAAAGUGGGAACUUCUCAGUUGGAUAUUCAUUGUCAUAUUUGUCAAUGUCUUUCACGACAUUAUUUUCAUAAAUGUAUUUUAAAUAAUAGCUUUAGCACUCUCAAAGGUUCUGAGAUUGAGGAACAAGGUUUAUUUAGUGCAGUUUUACCAAUAGGCUAGCUAGUAGGGGCUAUUGUAACAAAACCUUUAUUAAAAUAUACUACACGAAAUUAAUCUCUCUUAAUUGCUGAUUUUUUUGGUGUAUUAGGCAUUUUACAAGUUAUACCCAACCGAGAAGUCAUACUUGCAUUUCGAUUCUCAUAUGGAUUGUGUUUAGGAAUAUCAUCAAUUAUUAUGGCUAUAUAUGUUAAGGAAAUAUGCCCCGAUAAAUAUUACGAAGCCUUUUCAGUUUUGGCUAGUUUUUUAAUUGCAGGGGGAUUAUUUUUCAUUAAUUUCUUAGGCCUAGGGUAUUUAAACCCUGAUUUAAGAGGAAAGAAUUCAUAUUAUUGGUAAAUUGUUUUUGCCAUUCCUGCCCUAGUGCACUUUCUCAGGUCUUUUAUAAUUACUUUUGUAUAUAAGAUGGAUAGUCCUGAUAGUUUAAUUUAAAUGAAUUAAUCUUCAUAAGCAAAAGAGAUCCUUAAAAAAUUAUAUUAACCAGAAUUUGUUGAUAAAAUAUUUUUAACCUGCUUAAAAAGAGUUGAAAAUUAUUCAGAGCAAUAAGAAGGGAUUUUAAGUCUAUUUUCAAAAAAACAUCUAAAAACAUUAAUUAUUGGUAGCCUGUUAGCAUUUAUAUCCACUUGGUGUGGCUUAUUUGCUUUAUACUCUUAUUGUUCAUAAAUUUUUAAUGUGAUUACAAAUGGAGAUUUUACAUUGAACACACUUUUUAUACUUAUUAUUGGAAUAGUUUAAUUAAUUCCUGCAUUCAUUUCCAAAUUUGUCUAUCGAAAAAUUGGUAACAGACCAUUACUACUGUGUGGACUUUUUAUACUUAUUUUAUGUUAGGUACUUAUUAUUGGUCUUAGUUAUUCUGAAACUUUAGCAGCAUCUAUUACUAGCUUUAUUAUAAUUUGUUUUUUCUCAUUCACAUUUGCUCUUACUUUAGGACCUAUUACUUAUGUAAUUUAAAUAAUAUCUUUAGUCUAUGAUACCUGAGAUUAACACUAGUGAAGGGACAUACUUUUGCUUUGUGACUUUAUAUGUUUGGCAGUUAUUUAUGCUUUACAUAUUUCCAUUUAUGUUAGAUGCACUUUAAAUAGGCGGAGUCUUUAUAGUAUUUGCUAUUUUAACAUUCUUGUCAAUAAUAUACUUUUACUUUUUUGUGAAAGAAACUAAAGGAUUAAGCCAUAAUGAAAUCGAAAAAUAAUAUGGAAAGUUAUGA